AGAAAUUUUUUCAGGAAUUAUCCGAUGAAAGUGCUCGUUUGGUUCCGGCGCGACCUGCGCCUACAUGACAAUGUGGCGCUGCAUGCGGCACUGCAGCUUAUUAAGCGGCAACAGAGGCAGAGUGGCGCGGCUAAAGUGGAGCUCAUCCCACUCUACAUCAUCCACCGACCGCAGAUCAUGCGCUGCGGAGCAAACCGCUUCCAGUUUGUGCUCGAGAGCGUCGCAGAUUUGUCCAACGCGUUGGUAGAGCGUGGCUCGAAGCUCGUGGUCGCAAAGGGUGAUGGUAUCCAAGUGCUUCGGCGUCUCCUGCCAGCAUGGGGCAUCACACAUUUGUUCUUCGACGGGGUUUGUGAGCCUUACGCAGUCGAGCGAGACAAUCGGGCUCUUGAAUUGGCCAAGGGUCUGGGAGUGCAGACUCACGUAACUAAAGGAUAUAAUCUCUACGAUUUAGAGGCGGUGAUUGUCGGUCAUUCAGGCAAGGCACCUAAAACGUACCAAGGAUUCCUAAAAGCAGUGGGGAUACAGCCAACACCUCGCGAGCCACUUCCAGCACCUAAUAGCCUUCCUGCCUCCACGAGUAAGCACAGUGAGUUAUACCAACAGGUUGUAGAGUAUUGGAAAGAUCGCGUUAAACUGGACCACGAAGAAAACGAUGACGAUACAGAAGAAAAAGCCAACCAGAUCGACCAGAUUGCAGGACCAAGCCAUGACUUCACGCUUCCUGAUCUAACUUACUUCGGGUUUGAAACACCGACGAAGCAUUCGUUUAUCUACCGUGGGGAGCAAAAGGCACUGGAAAUGCUAAAGAAUUAUUGUAGUGAUGAAGACCGUGUGGCCCUGUUCGAGAAACCCAAAACGUCCCCUGCGCAGAUACCACCAACUCCCUCAACUACGGUGUUGAGUCCAUACAUGUUCUACGGAUGCCUCAGCCCGCGGACUUUUUACCAUCAAGUGCGAUCUAUCCAGAAACGGUGUAAGAAAUCGUCAGUUCCGCCGGUGAGCUUGAUCGGGCAGCUUUUAUGGCGUGAGUUCUACCAUUGCCACGGUCGCGCCAAUCCUUAUUUUGACAAGAUGGAGGAGAGCCCUACAUGUCUACAGGUCAAUUGGCGGUACCGCACGAUUCCAGAGGAUGAAGAGGACAUGACUGACGACGAUAAGCACGCUCGUUCACAGUUUGAGGCAUGGAGAGAUGGACGGACUGGGUUUCCAUGGAUCGAUGCCAUCAUGAUCCAGUUAAAGGAAGAAGGCUGGAUGCAUCACUUGGCGCGUCACUCUGUGGCGUGUUUCCUGACACGAGGUGAUCUUUAUAUCUCAUGGGUACGAGGGCUCGAAGUUUUCCAAGAGCGGUUGAUCGAUCACGACUGGAGUCUUAACGCUGGUAAUUGGCUCUGGCUUAGUAGCAGCUAUUUCUUCACGGCUUACUAUCGCGUGUACUCCCCGAUCUCCUUCGGUAAAAAGUCGGAUCCCGAAGGCCUCUUCAUCAAGAAGUACAUUCCAAUGCUGAAAAACUUCCCUGCCAAGUAUAUUUACGAACCGUGGAAGGCUCCACUAACUCUCCAGCAUGCUGCAGGAUGCCGCAUCGGCAAGGACUAUCCGACCCCAAUUGUUGAGCACAAAACUGCGAUGAAAGAAUGUGUGGAAGGCAUCAAGAUGUCGUAUGCCAACGGACAGUACGGUAUCCCGCCGACAAACAAGAUCGCCCGUCCAAGCAAGAAGCGCCAACGUGAGGACUCGGAUGAGGAAACGAAGCAGUAGAUGGUACGAUUCCAGAAUGGUGAGCCAAAGAAAAAAUACCUUUCAAUGCUGCUGCUCGAGUCAAUUAUUCAUUUUUUGAUUCAUGGAAUGGGGAAUCUUCUAGCACUCGACGCAAUUCUAGGACGGCUUGAAGCAGAUCGACGCGCCCGUUAAGGAUGGACUUGACCAGGAGCUGCUGACCGGUGAGCAUUCUCUUGAACACCUUGUUAUUGUGUUCUGCACGCUGUCGUGCCUGUAGUUGAGUCAUGACAAUGGCUUUCCACUUUGAUGCUGAAGCACAAUUACUGGCAGGGGUUACGAGUCUUGAUUCGGCCAGACGCAAACGUGUCAGCUCGACACCUAGUAUGAUUACUUGGCGGCGUAAGCGGUCAGCUCGAUACUUGUAUUUGCUUUGGUGCGGAGAACGAGGUGCUGGAGUAGGUGGAACUGCUUCCUGCCACUUAUCGUCAGCACAACCUUCUAGUGGACCUUUAGUCGAAACGACACUGGAAAUGCUUGAGCAGUUCGUUUUAGCGACAAUACUCUGAAGCGGGGAAGUGUUCGGGAGACAUGCCAGCUCUUCCCCCUCUCCAAAUCGGAAUUGCAUAUGUCGUUGAUGUUGCCUUGGGCUGGAGAAAACGAAAAUAGGAUAUCAAUGUGCAUGCUCUGAGUUAUUGCAAACAUCAACGUGGUACCAUACAUGGCCAACAGAAAAAAAACAUCCAAACUUCAGC